GGCUGCUAUGGCAGCCGCCUCUGCGCUUGUUGCCACUGCUCGGCAGGUUUUUACAUGCGGCUCCUGAGAGGCCGGCGCCCAGGAUCACCGAGAAUCCGGACGGAGCUGGCGCCGGCCUCGGCCGCCCUGAGGCUUGCGGUUCAAAUUAAGGAAAACCAAUAUCCUGCUUCUUACUGUAAGCAACAUCUAAUUGUACAAGAGAGCAAUCAUGCAGCCACCACCCCAGGCAGUCCCAUCAGGCCUCGUUGGGCCACCUCCAGCUGGGAAUCCUCAGAGCAUGUUCUGGUCUAACAGCCCAUAUAGGAGACAGGUGAACAAUAGUGCGCCGGCGGCUCCCAUAACUAGCCCGUUGCAGCCAGUCACGGAUCCAUUUGCAUUUAGUAGGCAGACACGCCAAAACACAUCACUGGGCACUUCAUCUAAAAGCAGCCCACCCAUCCUUCAAGGUGCUGCUCCACCAGCAUUUCUUCAGCGCUCUGGUCAGCCUUUGCCUCACACAAAUGUCAGGGACAGUUCCCAAGGACCCUGCGAGCCUCCACCCAGACUUCUGACACAGCCCAGACCUGAUCCCAGUCCAUUGCCCAAUGUGUUGGCCCCUUCGUCCCCUGCUGGGCCGGAGAUGAAUAGGAGUGCCGAAGUUGCUCCUGGUUCAGAACCUGAAGUUCAGGCUCCAUUGUAUCCUCCUCAGUACAUUCCAGGAGCCAUUCCGGAUGGUUCCAUGGGGGGUCAUUUGCAUGGGACCGUGCCUGAGCCCAACAGACCCCUGAGCAGGCAGAACCCACAUGACAGUGCUGCAGUACCUGCAGCAUCCCCAUUCUUCCCUCAGACUCUCCAGCAAGUGCCAGGCCAGUGGGGGCCAGUGCAGGGAGGCCCGCCACCCUCAAGCCAGCCAUACUGGCCCUACUCAGAAGGACCUGUUCCGAACAUGGGGCCCCAAGCUUCCACUGUUUCCCACUCACCUGCCCUGUCCAGUUCAUGUCAGGGGUCUGGUCAGGAACACCACAGCCAGUUGGUGUCUCUGUCAGGGCCCUUAGCCGGUGACAGAAGAAACGAGGGGGUUUGCCUGCAAAGUGGAAACCACUUGGUGAAUCACUUUGAUACUGAAAAUGCUUUCAGGCAAAAUCCCAGAGUUGGAAGUAGUCCAACAAACCAGGAGUUGAGGCUGAAUCCAGGAAUGAAUAAAGAGCAGUUGCCAGCUUUUGUCAAUCCCCCUGCUCAGGGAAAUAGCUUAGAAAGCCAUCUGCAUGCUCCUCCAGGGGCUAAGGCCAGCAGAACUCUGCCAGAGGUAGACUCAGGAGCUAUCUCCAUGUUUUUCCAAGGCGGAGAGACAGAAAAUGAGGAGAACCUCUCAUCUGAAAAAACUGGCUCUGCUGGUCCAUCUGACCUUGAUAGUCUCUCCACCAACCUUGGACUUGGCCAUCCUUCUGCGCAUGCUGGUGGCCUGUAUCAGGCCUUUCUCAAAAGCCCCAGCAGUGAGACCAUGCAGCAGGGAGGAGACAUGCAGCCUUAUUUUUCACAGUCUGCAGGCAUCCACCAUGAGAAACAAACCACUAAAAGUGCUACUAUGGAUCUGUGGGGUGGUGGGGCAAGUGUGGGAGCUUCUGACGCCAGCGGCCCACAAUAUGAGAAUGUGGAGAACUUAGACUUUGUUCAAAAUCAAGAAGUCCUGCCAAGUGAGCCCCUCAGUUUGGACCCCUCUCUGAGUGAUCAGCUUAGAUAUGUGUCCCAGCCUGGGUCAGUUGUCACCAAGCAUAGUGUGGGGCAUGCUGGAGGUGGGGCCCUGAAUACUGAGGCCCCAGAUGCAGCGCUGUACCCCAUACGAUCUGAUAGUGUAUCAUCCAGUUAUAGCAGCAAGAGCCACAGGAGUCUUUCAGGGAUAGCUAGACCCCAGGACUUAACUGGUACGUUCAUUCAGCAAGAAGUUGGAAAACCUGAAAAUGAGGCUUCAGGGAGUUUUUUCAAGCAAAUUGAUUCAUCUCCUAUAGGAGGUGAGAUAGAUGGGACCACUAUAAGCCAGAAUUACCAGAGAAACCUGCCCCAACCUACAACCCCAAGCCCCCCAAAACCUGUGGGGAUAUUUCAGACAAGUGCAAAUAGUUCUUUUGAACCAGUGAAAUCCCAUUUAAUUGGGGUAAAACCAGUGGAGGCCGAUCGUGCCAAUGUGGUGGGUGAGGUGAGAGGCACCCAUGCUCACCAGAAGCAGCAUAGACCAGCUGCUGCACCACCUGAUGCCUCUCCUGGCAACAUGGAGCAGCCCCCAGACAACAUGGAGACCCUCUUCACACCCCAGGUCUGCCCUCUGCCUCUGACCUCUCCUGUGGAGCCCACUCACAGACCUCAGCACAUUGGGGGGCCACCCUUGGAAACUAUGCUCCCAACACCUGAAAAAAGGCCCUCAACCAGAGUUCAUGGAGUCAUGAAGUGUGAGAGCCCAGCAACAACUCUGUGGGCUCAGAAUGAACUGCCAGAUUUCGGGGGAAACGUCAUCUUAGCUCCAGCUGCUCCCGUACUUCAUGUCCCUGCAAAACUUCAAUCGUCUGAAGUGAUUCAACCUCCAGAUGAGAGUGUCUCCAGCCAGCAGUCCCAGCAGCCGGACCCUGUCCCCCCUCUGCAAAGCGGGGACAGCAGUGGUGCUUCUGAGAAUCUUGAGAACCCCCCCAAGAUGGGAGAGGAAGACGCCCUUCUAUCACAGGCAAGUUCUGGCUAUGCCAGUCUUUUAUCUUCACCACCCACUGAAUCUUUGCAAAAUCAACCGGUCUUGAUUGCCCAGCCUGAUCAAAGCUAUAAUCUGGCUCAGCCUAUCAAUUUCUCUGUAUCUUUACCUAAUCCUAAUGAGAAGAGUCAGUCCUGGAGAGAUGCUUUGGUGGGGGAGAAAUCUACAAUAAGCAGCCAAACACCUGGGGGUGAUUUUGGAGAAAAUGCUUUUUUGUCUGGGAUUCCAACUGGCUCUCUCAUUUGCUCGCCUUUGCCUAACAGUCUUGUCCAAAGUAAUUUCCCACAAGUUUCUGCUUUUUCUGAAAUGGGUUCUAAUCAGCCUGCCAGCCUACUUGCUCAACCACCAUCUCAUCCGGCUCCAAAGAACUUGCUCCCGGAAGGUCAAAAGAUUCAUAACAUAGAGAAUUUUCUCCCCGAGUUGGCUACUAGCCCCACUGGAGGCACAGGUGUGAUGUUAGCACAUCCCAUAAACAAUACCUCCAUACCUAAUAGCAAUAUGGCAAAUCUCUCUAGUAACCAGGAAGAAACUUUGGAAGCCCUAGACUUUACAUUAAGUAGGACUUUGGAAAGCUCUGUAAGAAUAUGUAGCCCAUCCCAUUCCGACGGCCCAGCAUCUUAUCAGCAAACCAUGGCCAACUUUCCCAGACAGUCUGAGCCCGGGCCACAUAACCCAGACCAUUUCUACCAACAGGUGAUGAAAGAUGCUCAGGACCAAAGUGGCCUAGAAAGAACCCAGCAGGAGCCAGUACGACCUCCCUCACAGGGACCCAAAGCAACAUUUACAGACACUUCCACUUCUGGAAGUCCGCUAGCUCAAGGACAGUUCCAGAAUUCAGCCCAGCCACCUACAAAUCCAGCUUCAGUUGACACAGACCAACAGCCACUGCCUCGACCACCUCGCUCCUCCAGUGCUUCAGUCUUGUCCACCAGCUCCGGCCAUGCAGCUGUGCGGUCAGACCAACAGUGGCCACAGUCACCCCCUCCAGAGUACUACUAUUACAGAUCUAUGUACGAUGGCUACCAGUCCCAGUAUCCCUCACUGUACCCACCUGAUGCGAACACAAGCUCCCUCUAUUACCAGGAUGUUUACGGCCUGUACGACCCUCGAUACCGGGGCUAUGAUAGCACAGCCUCUACCUAUGCUGAGAAUUACCGUCACCCAGAGCCUGAGCGGCCCAGCUCCCGGGCAAGUCACUGCUCAGACCGGCCACAUACCAGGCGAGAAUAUCCUGAAAGUUACUAUAACUCAAAAAGUGGAUGGAGCAGUCACAGCGACUACUAUGCAAACUAUUACCCUGGCCAGUAUGACUAUGGAGAUGCGGGCCACUGGGAUCGGUACCACUACAGUGCUAGAUUCAGGGACCCCCGCCACUAUGACCAGAGGUAUUGGUAUGAUACUGAAUAUGAUCCGUAUAGGAAAGAGAACUACUCUUAUGGUGACAGGCAUGACAAGUAUGAUGACCACUGGAGGUACGACCCUCGAGUCACCAGGAGUUUUGAUGAAGACCCUGAGCCCCGCAGGGACCCCUACGGGGAAGAGACAGACAGGCGCAGCGUGCACAGCGAGCACUCGGCACAGAGCCUGCGCAGCGUGGCCAGCCUGCACAGCCACCGCAGCAGCUUUAGCUCCCAGUCACACCAGAGUCAGAUUUAUAGGAGUCACAACGUGGCAACCAGUGCCUAUGAAGGCCCACCUCCACCAGGCUCCUUCCACGGUGAUUACCCCUACAGCUCCUAUGGUGGCGGCAACUUCAGCAGUGCCCAGGACUUCACCGAAUAUGGUUACCCUCCCGAUACCAGCUGGCCCACUGUGGAGCAGGUUCCAUCAAGACCAAUUACUCCUGAGAAGUUCUCUGUGCCUCACGUCUGUGCCCGCUUUGGUACUGGGGGUCAUCUCAUUAAAGUAAUUCCAAAUCUGCCUUCUGAAGGACAGCCUGCAUUGGUUGAAAUUCAUAGCAUGGAGACCCUGUUGCAGCACACACCAGAGCAAGAGGAGAUGAGGUCAUUCCCAGGUCCACUGGGCAAAGAUGAUACCCAUAAAGUGGAUGUUAUUAAUUUUGCACAGAACAAAGCCACAAAGUGUUUACAGAAUGAAAACUUAAUUGACAAAGAAUCUGCAAGUCUUCUUUGGAAUUUUAUUGUUCUGUUAUGCAGACAGAAUGGGACUGUAGUGGGAACAGACAUUGCAGAACUCUUGCUACGAGACCACAAAACAGUGUGGCUUCCUGGGAAGUCACCCAAUGAGGCCAACUUGAUUGAUUUUACUAACGAGGCUGUAGAGCAAGUGGAAGAGGAGGAGUCCGGAGAGGCCCAGCUCUCCUUUCUCACUGACAGCCUGACAGCUGCCACUAGCACACUUGAGAAAGAGAUUGAGAGGUUCAGAGAGCUUCUGCUGUAUGGCCGCAAGAAGGAUGCAUUAGAGUCUGCAAUGAAAAAUGCCUUAUGGGGCCAUGCUUUGUUACUUGCAAGUAAGAUGGACAGCCGGACGCAUGCCAGAGUCAUGACCAGGUUUGCCAACAGCCUUCCAAUCAACGACCCUUUGCAGACUGUCUACCAGCUGAUGUCAGGGCGGAUGCCUGCUGCAUCCACGUGUUGUGGAGAUGAGAAGUGGGGAGACUGGAGGCCACAUCUUGCUAUGGUUUUGUCCAACCUGAGCAACAACAUGGAUGUGGAGUCCAGAACAAUGGUCACUAUGGGUGAUACCCUAGCUUCAAAAGGGCUCUUAGAUGCAGCACACUUCUGCUACCUCAUGGCCCAGGUUGGAUUUGGGGUAUAUACAAAGAAAACCACAAAACUUGUCUUAAUUGGCUCAAACCACAGCCUGCCAUUUUUAAAGUUUGCAUCCAAUGAAGCUAUUCAGAGGACAGAAGCCUAUGAAUAUGCUCAGUCCCUCGGGGCACAGACCUGCUGCUUACCCAGUUUCCAGGUGUUCAAGUUCAUCUAUUCCUGUCGCCUGGCUGAAAUGGGGCUUGCCACACAAGCCUUUCACUACUGUGAGGUCAUUGCCAAGAGCAUCCUGAUCCAGCCCCACCAGUACUCUGCAGUCCUAAUUACUCAGCUGGUUCAGGUUGCUUCCCAGUUACGACUCUUUGAUCCUCAGCUGAAAGAGAAGCCAGAGGAGGAGGCCUUUCAGGAGCCCAGCUGGUUGGUCCAGCUGCAGCACGUAGCGAAGCAGAUCAAGGAGGGCAGUGUGGUGUGGACUCAGGAUUCAGCCUUCCCCCAGCAGUGCCCCAGCACGCCGAGCUCUGAGGUAGGGCAGUGUGACAGCCAGGAAUUGGCUCAGCCAGUGGGCCUGGGCACUGACAACCCUCUGCUGGCACCACCUAUGCCAGGCUCUGAGCACUUCAACCAGAGCGUGCGGCUGCUGCCUUCAGCCCCUCAGAUGCUGCCCAGUGGCCAUCCAGCCAACCCCACUGGGAUGCCAGUGUUCCCCGUAUUGCUUCCCUCAGGCCCUGUGGAGCCAGGCCCUAUCAGUGCACCCCAGGGGUCUGCACUUAGCUUUCCAGAGACCUCUGGGCCCAACCUUGCAGCUUUGUACCCAGGGCCUGGUCUACCACCUGGCACCUCAUCUCUCCCAGAGACCAGAAGCCUAGAGCCAGGAAUGAUGCCACAGGAAGUGCCUGAUAGGAAACCACUUUCGGAGCUGAGAGAAGGGAAUUUCAGUGGAAACUUUGCUAAUCUGGGGCCCUCUGGGAUGCCACAGGAUUCUGAACAAGCCUCGAUGUGGGAGCCGCCUCUUCCUGCUCCAACACCCACCCCUGAAGUAAAGAGACCUGGACAGGCCUCAAAAAAAGAGACCAAGGAGCCUAAGAAGAGCAGUGAAUCCUGGUUCUUCUCCCGCUGGCUGUCUGGAAAGAAAAGGACAGAAGCUUAUUUGCCAGAUGACAAGAACAAAUCAAUUGUCUGGGAUGAAAAGAAGAACCGAUGGGUGGACAUGAAUGAGCCAGAAGAGGAGAAAAAGGCUCCACCCCCACCUCCAGCAACACUUCCCAAAGCUCCCCAAGCUGUGGCUCCCGGUCCUGGAGGGCCUCUCAGGCCCAGCGUGAACAUGUUCUCUAGAAAAGCAGCUGGAAAUAGGGCACGUUACGUGGACAUUUUAAACCCUGGUGGGACCCAGCGCAACGAACCAACUCUUGCUCCUGCUGACUUUUUUGCUCCACUUGCCCCUCUCCCAAUCCCAGCUCAUCUGAUGGGACCAAACUCAGAAACAGAAGUUCCAUCUACAGCGGGAGCCAUUAGGGAAGGCCAGGCACCACCUGGAAGCCCAGAGUCUGCCUCAGAAGCCAAGCAGGUUUUAAGUUCUGCAGCAUCACUGCAUGGCUCAGAACUCCCGCCCUCCAGAGUGGAUGGCUCCCAGGGAGGAGAGCUUUCGCGCUGUAGUUCAAUGAGUUCCUUAUCACGUGAAGUAAGCCAGCAUUUUAACCAGGCUCCCAGCGACCCUCCUGCUGUAGGGCCCCCCCCUGGGGGAGCAGUGCCCUUCUACAACCCUGCACAGUUUGUACCAACCUCUGCCACCUCAGGAAAUUCAAGGGCGGGGAGAAUUGGCCAGAGAAAAUACCCUGCAUUGAGCUAGAAAAGUCUCCGUUCUGGAUUAGCAUUUGGAAACUACCAAGAACUCCGAUGAUUUCCCUGUGUGGCUGCUUCUGUUCCUGCUGGUCACAGCAGUAUUUCACAACAGCCAUGCUUUUGAUUUUCCUCCUCACCACCUUUCUUUCAGAAGUAUUGCCAACAUUAAUUCCACCAAGCCUAUGAUGCUGAACAGUGAAUCUGGCUCUGAUUCUUUUAUAUAGAAGGCAUAGCAUUCUUGGUUAGUUAAGAAGGUUACAUUAAAUGAGGUUGGAAACAUCUUUGCUAUCCAUAGGGGAGAGAUGUUCUUCAUUAACAAUGGCAUCUCAAAAAUGAACUGGGAAGUACUGCCGGAUUAACCCCAAGAUGUUGGAAGAGAAAAUUGGACCUCUGACUCAGGAGAGAAAACACCAGUGUCCACUCGAGCAAAGUUGGCACAGUCCUGCCAGUGUUGUUUCUGAACCUGAAAGACUAACCCAUAGGUGUGAUGGACCUAGCCAACAUCUUAAAGGAAAGGUAGCAUUAACUUAGCAGUAAUUCACUUGGGUUUUAAGGCCCCAAUUACUGGGGUGUAUUUCUCUCCUAUAGCAAAGACAUUUCCAGAUUCUCUUAAUUUUCUGUGGCCUCAUUAGGAUUACAAGGGAUUUCAAACAACCAAAAUAAUUGACUGGCCUUGCCAGUCACCCUGUGGGUGGUGACUCAGUUCCUGAGCAAGAGCCACCCCAGAACUUGUGUUCUGACUGCGGUAGCUCCAGAUUAAUUAACUACUGUUAAAACUGUCAUUCAUUCAGUAUGGGUUUGUUUUUAUGUGAGCUGGCCCAAUUACACUCACAGAGAAACUGAAUUGUCUGCACUCUGUAAGACAGCCUGUGCUGUACUUGCUCAUGGGUAGUUUUCACAGUGUAAUCUAGUUGGUGUUAUUUAAGGAGUUGGUGUUAUUUAAGGAGUUGGUGUUAUUUAAGGAGUUGGUAACAUCUUGAGGUUGGGGUGGGGGAGUGACUAAAUUAUUCCUUGACAAAAUUAUUGGAAAUCUAGAAUCUGAUAUUUUUUCCCUAUUUUUUUUUCCACACAUGCAAGGCUCUUCAGUCGUUAAUAUGUUGGCUUUCAGCCAUAUUAAACUGUAAACUCUAUUGGACUCAAACUUUUAAGGCUUCAUUGACUGUUCUUAACUCUACAUUCUUGUUAAAUCUAAAGAGACCGAAAAAAAGUUUAAAUAUAAAAAAAAACGUAGGAAAUAAUUUCUGUAGGUUCUGCUGAGGAACAUAGUUUGCUUGGUGUUUUAAAUCUCAGUGUAGAAAUUGUGUAAAUGUGGAAUCAGCACAGGUCCUUUGCAUUUUUCUUGCUCACUUGAUCUAGGAAAGAUCCACAGAAUGUUUCACAGACAAGUAUGAUGGGAUCCAUUUGUUCUUGUCCUUUUGAGAAAGGCUGGGCCUUGUGACGGGCAGGCUCUGUGUCCCUUGGUCAGCACUGGUCUGGCUCCGGGACCUAAGACCUGACCUCAGGCUCCUGUGUGUGACUACCAGCACCUUUUGAUUUAAGAGGCUGCUUCUGAGGUAGGAGCUGCUAUUUUUCCUAAAUGCAAAUUGUUACACUGCAAAUUGUUAAAUAAACUAUUUUGCGCUCUCAAAAGCACUUUA